AUGGAAGCUUUGCUAACGCAAGCUUUCCGAUUCCAAUCGACCAACACUUUGGACAAAGUCUACGGACUCCUCGGUAUGGUUCGCCCAGGGUGUGACGUGGAGCCAAUCGUGCCCGAUUACAACAAAUCAUUGAAAGAGGUCUACGCCGAAGCGACGUGGUAUGCGAUCCAAGAAGAGCUGUCGCUAGAUUUACUGAACAACAUAACCCCGAGGAGAGACGAACCCCACAAGAACAUCUCCACAGCCAACGAUCCAUGGCCAUCAUGGGUUCCUCGCUACGACCUCAAUAUCGAUAAAUCCGACCGCGCGGCGAACAGCACGGGAACAAACGCAUCGAAUGAUUUCGAGGCAAUCGUCAGCCUGGACCCAGAACUCCCCUUCGUCCUGCAAGCCCACGGUGUCUCUCUCGGACGCAUCGAGACCAUGCGGAAAGCAUCUCCAGAUGUCCUUCGCACGAACAUUUAUGAGGACCACGGCCCAAUGUACCGCCACUUCUCCUACCUCUGGGAUCCCCUCUUCGUAGAAAGCAAAAACACGACAUGGUCCCCAUCUCUCAUCAAGAACAUAGCCUCCUCUCUCGUCUGCGGCCGCUACAACAGGGACAAGGACAAUCCCUACCGCGAUGCUGAGUCCGACCCGGCGACUGUGCAAGACUUUGCGGCCUUCGUGCUCGAGGUGAAUGAAGCGUGCCCCAUGACAUCAGAAUGUCCUGAAUUGCGCAGUCUCCUAGAGACAUACGUACUCAAAGACGGCGACGCAUCUUCCUACGCCGCGGCGGUGUCGUACUUUACUGAGAAAUUCGCGCCACUGGAGCUUUCGAAUGCGAGGUUCGGGAUGGGGUAUCAAUCCUGUCGAGAGGGGGAUGAGGUAUGUAUACUCUUUGGAGCGAGGCAGCCGUUCGUGGUGAGAAAAGUCGGAGAGCAUUAUAAACUGCUAGGGACCGUGUAUGUAGCGGGUGUUAUGAAAGGCGAGUAUGUACAGGAGUUGGAGGACUCUGGCAGGCUUGAGGCGGAGGAUAGGGUUUACGAGAUUGCAUAG